AUGCUUUCUGCUACAUGGGAGGAAGGGCGCCUUAACCCGACUCUGCGCUCCAACCUUACCAUCUCACACUUUUCUAUGUUUAUUCUAGGAUUUUUUCAUACCUCUCGCGAUUUACUCAGCAACACUGGCUGCGUUUCAAUGGCUACUGGUUUAAGCUGGCGGUGGGCCAUUCUUACAAUCGAGUCGGAAGGAUCAAAGCCUACAUUUUUCUUGACACUAGUACCCGACGACAUUCCUUCGCCAACUCACCCCUCUACCAAUUAUACUCAUGAAGCCAUGGCGCCAAGCAGUAAACGGAAACAGUCAGUGACGAAAUCUUGCCGCAGCCAGGCGAAGCGCGAACGUCGGCCUUACUUGCCCAAUGAGGACUACUUGCUAGUGAAGUUGAAGGAGCGAGAGAAGCUGGCAUGGGACGAAAUCGCAGCAUAUUUUCCGGGCCGCAAACCUUCAUCAUUACAGGUGCACUAUUCUACCAAGUUAAAACACCGGUCUACCGGUUCACCUCGGCUGCGGACCGAGAAGCGUAAAAGAAAAUGA